AGCGUUUCAUCCACCAUCCCUCUUGCUUUUCCGUCCGUCCGUCCAUCUUGUUCACCCCCCCACGCACAUACAUACACACAUGCGAUCAGUCGACCACAGCAGCCAGCCCGACCCCUUACACAGUGAGGGCAUGUAAUCCCAUUCACGCCAUCCUCCAUGAAUAUAUAUAACGAAUGGAUCAUCACAUCAUGAGUCAUAAAAUGUUCGCAUACAAUGAAAUGACCCCGUCGACCACUCAGACACACAGGACAGGCGAGGCGUGUCGUGUCGUGUCGUGUCGGCCGAGGGUUAACUAACUAAUCAUUCAGCCAUCCAGCCAGCCAGCCAUCCAUGCCAUCCACUAGCAUCACCACAACACACACAUCACUACGACACGCCAUACAUCGCUCUCUGUCUCUCUGCCUGCGUCGGUCACUCUGCGAUCUCGAGUGUCACGUCUUGCGUCGCAAACAGGAUGGUCGGGAUGUACUUGCCCGCAGGAAUCGCUGUCCCUGAUAGUCACACAGACAGACAGACAGACAGGCAGACAGACAGGCAGACAGACAGGCAGACAGACAGGCAGACAGGUGUCUGCUAUCUGCCUCGCGGCAUCAACCAACCAUUUGAAAAGGGCGCUCACCUGAUCUGAAGCAGCACGCGCCAACGGAACGACCAUCUGCAAGAGGACACACCCAUGCCGUCCGUCUGUGUGCCCUCCGGUGUGUGGGGCGGGCAUGCUUGUCUUGUUUGCCUUGCGGUGCUUACCCACUAGGAUGUUGAGGUUGCGAUCUUCCGUAUCGAACUCAAUCCUGCAGCACAGCACAGCACCAACACAAGACAAGACGACAAGACACCACAUCAUUGGCUGACACCCUCUCUCCCACUCGUGUCGUGUCACGUCAGCGCACCCGAUUUUGCUGCCGACGCCCAACGUGAAGUCCUCGCCCGUCCAGUCCCGACCAAUCGUCAAAUCUGACCCGAACCAAUCCAAUCCACCAAUUCAAGGAAUAGGAAGCGACGCGGUUGUCUGGCUGGCUGGCCGGCUGGCCGGCUGUUUAUGUGGGAACCUUACUUACCUUGUGCGAAUAGGGUCUGGUCUUUGGUGAAGAAAAAGUAUCCAUGGCUCAUCUCCAGGUUGGGUUUGGCGAGGUCCACGCCCUCGGGUGCGACGCCGAUCAUGAACCCACCUUGACGCGGCGGGGUCGCCAGCAGCACCUCCAGCUGCACACACACGUACACACACGCACACAUACACGGAAGGAGAAGACGACGACAUACGAUGAGUGAGUGAGUGCAUGGUUACGUUAGGUGCGUGCGUACCUACCCUAUAUUUCGAGUUGAAUGGUGGCGAGAACUGCACCCCCCCGCAGUCGGUGAGGUGCCACCGGUGACAGUACCUGCUCGAGUACGACAGACUGUUGCCCUCGCAACGAACGUUCUCAGUUAUCUGGUGAAUGCUCCCCACAUAACUCUACACAGACACACACACAGGGAACCAACCAGAUGCAUGCACUGGCAGGCACUUUCAUCUGUGCAGUCAGUCCUCAAAAGUGCUCACCGGCAUCGGCCGCACCGCUCUUUUGUAAUGAUCCCCUCCCUCGAGUGUUUCCUCGGUGGUCACCGUGUUGCUCCUCUUUUGCGGCAGGAAGGGCUCCUCCUCGUCAGGCACUCGAAUGAUCGCCUCGCUGGAAAUCUCGGGCUCGGCCAGCAAACCCCUCGUGCAGCACGAGAACAGCGACACCUCGUCAUCACCGUUGGCACACUGCGGCUGCGGGGUGGUCAUGCAGGCCGAGAAGAUAGAGCUCACAAUCGGGUGCGGCCGCCUGUGUGUGGAAUUGGAGGGCUUCUUGCAGCGGGGCGGGGGAUGAGAUCGAUUCAUCCGCUGCGUGCCCGUGCGAGGCGCACUGCCGGAGGACAGGGCGGCCACCUGCUUCCUGAGGGCGUCCCUCUCCUUGGCCAUUCUGUCUCGUUCCUCAGUCACGCGGCUGAGCUGCUGCCGCAGAAGCGCUACAUCAUCGCCAGCCAUGAUGCUCAAAACAGCUUGAAGGGAAAUUGGCCCCUG